UCAUGAUCGGGUUCGAAUUUCAUAGAGGCGGUCAUAGGUCGAUCACGUGGAACGCGUGCUAGUGGGCCCUCGUGUUUCCUUCACUUAGAAAGACACAUGUAUCCUCUUGAUUGCCCUAUGAUGGGAGAACCGAUAUGAUCGAAAGUCCUCGCGCUCUUGCCUCAAACUCGAGAACUCGAUCUGAUUUAUGUGUUCCCCUUUCAAGUCCAUUUCGAAAACCGAACGGAAGAAGCUACCGCAGUACCCCUCUCUCACUCUCCCGCGAAAGCCUCGCCCGGCGAAUCUAGGGUUCCUGUGGGGCUGAAGGUUUUCUGGCGGGCAUUGGCAAUGCUUUUGGUGAAGUAUCGAAGGUGGAAUAACUUACGAAUAGUCACUGGAAAUGGUUCUGCAUAUUGGUGCCCGAUGCCCAUCGCCCUUAACGGGAUGGCUGAUAAUUCUAAAGAAAGUGAUCAUGGCAGUGGUGAGCAACAUGGCUGCAUAGGCAUUUUUUCAGAGGCUACCAGUUUGGCCCCAAAGGUUGGAAUGGAAUUUGACAAUGAAGUUCAAGCAUUUGAGUUUUAUAAUUCAUAUGCUUAUAGACAUGGAUUUAGUGUUCGAAUUAAUUCUUGGGAUAAGAAUUGCAUGGGGGAGAUAAAUCGCAAGACAUUUGUAUGUUAUAAGGAAGGUUAUGCCAUCAAAAAGGGUGGUACAACUAGGGUGAGAUCUGAUGCAAGAUGUGGUUGCCUUGCCCGCAUGGUUAUAAAGAGAGGAACUAAUGGCAGAUUAUAUGUGUCUCAAUUUGAGCCUAUACACAACCACCAAGUUGUUGCCCCUAGUGAGGUGCACAUGCUAAGGUCACACCGGAGGAGAGCACAAGCCGACAUAACACCAGACGCAACAGGCAGUGUGAAGAAAAAAGUGAAAGCUGCAAAGGAAAAUCAAUCUGAAAUUCAAAAGAAUUUGACCAACUUCCCUGUGGAUUAUAAGAUAUACCUAUCUAAAAAGCGUGAGAUUUCUCCAAAACCUGGUGAUAUAGGAUCUGUGAUGCAAUAUCUAGAAGAAAGAACAACAAAUGAUCCAUCAUUUUUCAGUGCAAUACAACUUGACCAAGAUGAUUCCAUAACAAAUAUCUUCUGGGCAGAUGCAAGGUCAAAGUUGGAUUAUGAUUGCUUUGGGGAUGUUGUCUGUUUUGAUACGACAUUGAUUGCCAAUAGUUCUGGUAGGCCUUUUGGAUUAUUUAUUGGUAUAAAUCAUCACAAACAAAGUGUUGUUUUUGGUGCAACUCUAUUGUAUGAUCAAUCCAGUGAAACUUUCGAGUGGCUGUUUCAAACCUUUGAAAGAACUAUGCAAGGGAAACAGCCAAAAGUUAUACUGACAGAUCAAGAUCAAGUAAUUGCAAAAGCACUUGCUAAUGUGUGGCCUAGUACAUACCAUCGAAUAUGUUUGUGGCACAUCUUCCAAAAAGCAUCAAAUGCAUUCAAUAGCAGUAAUGAUUUUAAGAAUGACUUCAGCAGCUGCAUUUUUGGUCAUGAAGAUGAAGAUAGUUUCCUAUCCUCAUGGCAGCACAUGUUAGUCAAACAUGACCUAGUCCAGAACGAGUGGUUAACAGACUUGUUCAAUGAAAGGGAAAAAUGGGCCUUAGCUUAUGGACGAGAUAAGUUUUGUGCUGACAUAAUAACUACUCAAAGAAGUGAAAGCUUUAUUAGUGUGUUGAAACGGUACUUAAAUUCACAACUAGAUCUACUGCGUUUUCUUGAGCAUUAUGAGAGGCUAGUUGAAGAUCAACGAUUUGCUGAACUUGAUGAAGACUGUAAGGCAAAUGAGCCAAGCAUGUUAUAUACACAUUUGUUACGGGAAGCUGCAAAGGUUUAUACGCCUAAUGUUUUUGAAAUUGUUAGAAAGGAGGCAAUGAUGGUUUUGGAUUGUGAUGUUGAUCGUUUGAGUGAAGAUGGGUCCAUAACUGAGUAUGAAGUAGCAUUUGUACAAAAUGUUAAGAAAUAUAUUGUUGCCUUUGAUUCAUCUAAUUGCAUGGUUUCUUGUAGCUGUAUGAAGUUUGACUUCAUUGGGAUUCUAUGCUGUCAUGCUCUGAAAGUGCUUGAUCAUAUGAAAAUUAAGCACAUCCCACAACACUAUAUCUUGAAAAGAUGGACAAAAGAUGCCAAAUGUGGGGUGAUCAUAGCUCAGUUUGCACCUCAAACUUAUGGUAUUGUAAAGUCAAUUAUGUCAACACGCUACAACCUUAUAAGUCACUCCUUGAUUAAGAUUGCAACCAGGGCUUCUGAGAGUGAGGAAGCAUAUAAGUAUCUUCAAAAUCAAUCCUUGAUGAUCUUGGAGGGGGUGGAGCGCAUAUUGAAAAAGGAUUCAGGUUGGCAUCUUGACAAAUAUAAAAAGAAUCAUGAUGGAGUAGAAAAGCAGCCCAUGGCAAUCAAGGACACCUUAACUCUCAAAUUUGUUUGAUAUGACUGCCUUUUGGUCUGCGUAAUCUCAGUCCACUCCAACAAAUGGAGGGCUAAAUAAUGGAUAUAUCGACAAGAUAAUGCCAUAAGGGUUGUGUUUGAAGAAUUCAAGGGACAGGCCUGACUUAAUGGUGUGUGACAUGGAUUGCAGCCAGUGUCUGGCCCAACAUGUAACAUAUUUGUUGUAGGUCUUGGGCCAGGGUCGGCCUUCCGUCAUCUUUCAUCAGGUUGGCCAGAUCAUGCCUAUUUAAAUCUUGCCAUGGGAUAGACUUGCCUGCAUUUUGCAGCUUGUAUUUGGAUGUUUCGAACUGACAUAUGUGGCUACUUUUAUUUACAAGUGGAUAGAAGUAGUUAUCUUUCUUUUGUUUGUUUUCUCUGUUUGAUCAUGCAUUUUAAAGGACCUGAUUUUAGUCUUUUCAACAUGAACGAGUUUGUGAAGGCAAAGCCUAUGUGAUGAGUAACAGGAUAUUCAGACCUGGAACAGACAAGAUCCAUAAUUAGGUGCUACUAGGAAAGUUUAUGUCAUCCUUAUGAUUGGAACAUGCAGCUAACUAUUACAGGCUGUGGCAAACUGGUUGAUAGUUUGUGUGUUAUAUACUCAUCAUGUUUCCAAAGGUUGGUGUGGUCACCAAGUGUUGCUAUAUGUUAUAUCAUGUUCCACUAAACUUCUUGUGCUUCUGCUUUAUAUAGACUUUUCGUUUUAUCUGUUUCAUGGCUCGGCUUGACCAUUCUUUGGAAGCUAAAACAGGCAUUGUCAGAUUUCAUCAAUGUGAUUGUUGAAUAAGUACAUUUUCUGAUAGAUCUUUAUCAGUAAAAGUUUUAGUGGUCAAUCUGUAACAAUUAUUAGAUUUAUUUCUCUGUCCAUUUAGAGAAGGUUUGCAAACAUUGUCUUUGUUGCCAUGUUGUCUUGGUAGACUGUCCACGAUGUCUGGCUAUUGGAGGUUUGGUUAUCCACAUCAAUUUCGGUGGCCGAUUCAGGUCCAUAAUAAGGAAUGACUAUCCUGGCAUUCUUCAAUACUUUCACUGAAUACUUGUUCCAAUUAGGUGCCUUCGUUUGAUAAUUUAUUUUUGCAGGAAACUUCAACAUUCAUAAUCACAGUGCAUUUAAAACAAUUUCAGAUUAGAUGGAUCACCAUAUUUGGUUAACCUUAUGCAGCAUUUGACUUUCUUAGGAAGCAAAGUAGUCUUCUUUUCACUUUUUUAAACAUUUGACAUAGACAAGGUUUGGACUCAUUCUCCUUUCAAUUCAUGAUACGCUUAGAGGGACUAAUAGAUACUUUGAAUUCUGAUUCUUGUUUUCAAGGAACGCAAAUAGCAUGAGAGGGACAGGCUCUUUUCUUUCUGUGUUCGUCCUUCUUUUUAAUAAAUAAUCCUCUAUUUUUCUUCUUUCUUUUUGUCCUUUGUUCCUAUUCUACCGGAAGUAUUGCCCUAAGUUGUAUAGUUAUUAAUCAAUAGGAAGAGCGUUUUUCCUCGUUGAGACUGAAAAUGUUGCUGUCCUUAGUCUUUAUGGUAGUUUUCUUUGAUUGGUAUGUCAUCUAUUGUUCUGCCUUUGCUGGUUAGCAUUCUAACUGCUACCAUGUCAUUUCGAGUGUAGUCAGAUGCCAAUACUCGGUUGAAAGCCCUGGAGAUGGGAAAAUGCUCAGCUUGCUGCAUAUCGCCAUUUGUGUUGGUUGUGAGGAAAGCAACUUGAUCAUCUGGUCGCUCCCUCAUUAUUCAAUUCUUCGUUGACCUUUUUUACAAUAGAUUUACCGUCUUUUUUCUGGUUUUUAAUAAAUUUAAGCAGGUUCUAUUUGAUCAAGGCAAUAAAGAGGAGUGGCUGCUGACUUUCUCGCGAGAGAAACGAUUUAAGCUCUGAGCUUCAUAACAUUAUCUUUAGGUGAAAAAUGAGAGGUUGACGUAUUGAAUUAACUCGAUGGAGAAGAGGAAUAUCUUUGCGGGCCGUUGGUAAGUCUGCGGAAGCAACUUUUUUGUCAAGCACUAAGAUUCUGUCCUGGGAUUUGUGCGAACAAGAGGUCUUGAACCACGAAGCAAGCAAAUCGAAGGACAUUCUAGCCUUCAACAUUUUUUUUUCCCUCGUUGUCCUUCUUGCCCCUUUUGCAUAAUUUCUCGUGCAUAUAGGAGCAUAAAGGGUUCAGAUUCCUACAACCCGAAUACAUGGGUAACUACAUUUGGCCAAGUUGGGACAGCAAAAUAAAAACCAAAGUUCUCCAAUUUGUCCUAA